AUGUAAGAAGUUUUGAAAAGAUUUAUCUUAUUUUUAGUUAAUGUUUAGUCACUCACAAUGGAGUAAUAUAAAAAUGGUUCAAAAGUUGGAAUAUGGAAUGAUUGUUAUGAGAAUUAAUACUUUGGUGGAGGUUUAUAUGACGAAUAAGGGAUUAAAACUGGUAGAUGGGUUGAUUUAAAUGUUCAAUUUAAUUGUAAUUAUGAAGUCACUUAUAAUGGUGUUUAUAAAAAUGGUUUAAAAGUUGGUUAAUGGAAUGUUUUUUUUAACAAAGAAUAGAUUUGUUAAGGAUCAUAUGAUUAAUAUGGUUUGAAGACAGGCAAGUGGAUCGAUAUUUUUGAUGCCUUUAAUGAGUAUAAUGGUAAUUAAUUUUCUAGAGAGUAUCUGGUUACAUAUAAUGGAGAAUACAAAAAUGGAUAAAAAUUUGGAAAGUGGGGAAUAAAUUAUCGGUAGUAGAAUAAAACUUGGGAAUAAAUCGGAGGAGGAUUUUAUGAUGAUGAUGGAUUAAAGAAUUGUAAAUGGAUGGAUUUGGAAAAUAGUUUUUAAUAUGUAAAUAUAGUCACAUACUCAGGUGAAUACAAAAAUGGGAAUAAAAUAGGUAGAUGGAAUGUGUAUCAGAAUGGAGAACCCAAAAAUGAAGUCAUUUAAUAUGAAUAGUGA